CGACCACCAAAAGCACGAGCUGAGAAGAGAAAGAAGCAUAAGCCAUAGCCGGCGGCUGCUGCGCUUGACUACAGAAUCCAAUACAAGACAGCAAUGCCCUCCUCCUCCUCCUUGGGGUUGAGGGAGGUGACCGGGGAGAGGAAAGAGGAGGCCGCCCUCCCUCGUCUCCAUUCCGCGCCUUGAUCUGCCUUUCCCCCUCCGCAGGUAAGCAAUGGGGCAAGAUGUUGUUGCCUCCAAAUGCGAGACUCGUUCUCGACCGGGGGCCGCUUCUGAAAAUUUGCAAUCGCCUCGCCGCACCAUCGGAGAAAAUGGCCAUCGGGACAGAAGGCACCACCAGUUGAAAUGCUCAGAUGGACACUUGGGAGAGCUACGCUUAGAGAGCAUCCCAAAUUUUCACUGUAAGAGCUUGCCCACAAGAAGCCGGAACACAAAUGUGGCAGAUUGUAUUGUGGGAAAGCGUGGUUCUAUGUACCAGAGCUCAAGUGAAAUUACCAGAAUAAGAAAGCUCCACGAAGGCAGGAGGAAGAAAAUUGAUUCCGCACUCGACGGGGAUGCGUUUCUGUCCUUUGAGAUCGUUGAUCCAUCCUCCCAGCCUAGCACAAGUGGAUCUUACCUGUUUUCUCUUCAGAAUCGCCGGUCAGAAGCUAAAUCUUCUGUGGAAUCUCGCAAAUUCCAUCGGGACUUCCUGGAUCUGUCAUUCCGCGAGCUUCCUGAUGAGAAUUGUAGGCUGGACCGGCCACGCAUGGACUGCACCCUGCUGAAAAAUGAUGCAGCCGAUGGCUUCUUGGAGAUUUCACUUGAGGAAGAGACUACAAAAGGCCCCUGCAGAAAUGCAGCUCCUCAAUUGAUAGGUGGACAGUCAAGUGAAGGUAUGGAAGCAAACUGCCUGCACAAGAAGACCAGUGAUUGUCCCACUGAGAAUAAUUGUAGUAAGAGAGAGAGGGAUUCAACAAACAAUUUGCCUGAAUCCAUGUCGGCCAAGGUGAGCAUCUCUGAUGGUACCCGUCCAUUACAAAGCGUCCGUCAUAGCAUAGAGAACAGCACUAAGGUUCGAUCAAGCCCCUUCAAGAAGAUUUUGGACCCUAUUAUGAAGUCCAAAUCUCAUAGAAGCCCAUCUCUCGUGGAAGACUCCAGCUCUGUUACUAUGCCAAUUAAUAGGAAAAAUUGUGUAUCCCGCAAAUCAUUGCUGAGUGAUUUCUCAAGGACUGAACAAAGCCAGGCAAUUAAUUCCCAGCUGAAUGGAGAGGGGCAGCAUAUGACUUCAACUUUAUCACCUGCUCAUCUUCAGGCGGUUCUUAAAUUGGAUUCCAAAAAUGGUAUUCCAGUUUUUGAGUUCUGUGUUGACGGCCCUGAAGAAUCCAUUUCUGCCCGGAGUUGGAAAACUGGGAAUGAACUCAACUGGAUUUACACUUUCCAUAGUGGUGGAAAACGAGCAAGUGCUGCUGGUAGGACCUCCAAAGAUGGACGUUGGUGUUCACCACUGAUUGUAGGCCAGAUGCAGGUUUCUUCAUACUUGUGCUCUGAAGUUGGAAAAGAUGGUGUUCUGAAUAACUCUGUCGUCACCGAGUUUGUUUUGUAUGAUAUUGCUCAUGCAAGGCGGAGCUUUUCUGUUGAGGAGAAAACUCAAUGUACAGAGACCACUCAAACAACAUUGUCAAGUGCCAUUGAUAAAUCGGCCUUGGGUGACUGUCCCCAAAGGAUUAAUCUGACAGACCAGCAAAACGGUGCAAGAAACAACUCAGAUGUAUCAACAUCUUGUCCAUGGUCUGAAGAAGAUCUUUAUCCUCAUUUGGAGAUUGCGGCGACGGUCAUCCAGGUUCCAUUUAACAGAAGCAAGUCCAAAGAAAUUAAGAAUGGUUUGUCACCUGGUACUGUAAAGGUGGUUACACCAAGUGGGCUGCAUGGGUUACCAGAUGAUAAUGAAGCCAGUCCAUCACCCUUGCUAGAUCGAUGGAGGUACGGUGGAGGCUGUGACUGUGGUGGAUGGGACAUGGCAUGUCCAAUUGCUGUCCUUGGCAAUGCGUAUGAUAAUAACUGGGCCAAUUCUGUCACGAAGGAAGGCGAGAAUCCCAUGGAACUCUUUGCUCUGGGUGGCAAAGAAGAGCUCCCUGCCCUUUCCAUUAAGGGCAAUGAGAAAGGACAGUUAUUGGUGUAUUUUCAUGCGCGGUUAUCAGCAUUGCAAGCCUUCUCAGCCUGCAUAUCUCUGCUGCACUGCUCGGAAGCUUCGACAGCCGUGAGUAUUGAGAAGGGCAAGCACAAGCUCUACUCCAGUUCACUUAAGAUGCUCCUCGAGGAGGAAGUGAGUCAGUUGAUUGAGGCAGUCACGGCAGAAGAGAAGAGGAAAACAAAGAAGAUAACUGAGAAGUCACCCAGAUCAGUUGUGCUCGACCCACCCUUUUCUCCCAUGGGAAGAGUGUAGGUACCGUGCACAACUGGUGGAUGAAGAACCCUGGGGAAGAGAUAGUAUAGCCUUGUGGUUCUCAUGGUGUGUAACAUUAUCAGUCAUAGUUGGGUUCAUGCCCAUUUUCUUUUUGCUGAUAAAAGAGCAUUUCUUUUUAUCUUAUUGAUAAAUAUGUAAGGUGCAUGUAGUUAGUUUUUUUUUUUGGGUCUCUAGCUUUUAGAAAAUCAGCAAGGCAAUAUAUCAUUGUUGAAAAUGCCUGAGAUAGAAGGAAUUCUGUAGUAUGUAGAGGCCAAUGCCAGGUUCCAACAGAAAGGAUAUAAAUAAAGGGAAACAGUUGGCCAGUUCAAAAUUUGAGCUUGCUUUGAG